AUGGGCGACCUGAAGUCGGGCUUCGACGAGGUGGACGGCGUGCGCCUGGGCUACCUGGUGAUCCAGGGCAAGCAGAUGUUCGCCCUCUCGCAGGUCUUCACCGACCUCCUGAAGAACAUCCCGCGCACGACGGUGCACAAGCGCAUGGACCACCUGAAAGUCAAGAAGCACCACUGCGACCUGGAGGAGCUGCGGAAGCUCAAAGCCAUCAACUCCAUCGCCUUCCACGCCGCCAAAUGCACGCUCAUCUCCCGCGAGGACGUGGAGGCGCUGUACACCUCGUGCAAGACCGAGCGGGUCCUCAGGACCAAGCGCGGCGGCGGCGGCGGCGGCGGCGGAGGAGGAGGCGGCCGUCGCCGCGGCAGGGGCCCCGGGGGGCCCGUCCAGGCCGCCGCCCCCGGGCCAGAGCCCAGCUACGCGACCUUCUGGAAGGAUGGCGGGGGCAAACUUUGGCUGGGCUUGAAUGGGGCCGCCGCGCCUCUGGCCAGCAGCAGGAAAGCGUGGCGCGCCGCGGCGGCGGCGGCGGCGGCGGGCGCGUUCCUACCGGCCGCGGAUCUACCUCACUUUUGGAGCCCCUCGACCGGGCACAGCUCGCCGGGGCGGGCCCGCCCGCCUGGCAAAGGGUCCCCAAACUAUGAAACUGCCCCCCUCGGGCCCCGCUACGUGUCGCUGGCGGCGGAGCCCGCGUGUUUUCGGAGCCUGCUUUGCUCCAGGCACCCCCAUUACUGCUACCACUCCUCGGCCGCCAUUGCCGCGCAGCCCAAGCUCGCCGCCGCCGCCGCCGCCGCCGCGACGAGAGGCAGCCCGCUGGGCUCGGGGUGCCGCUCGAGGAGGAAGAAGGCCGCCGCCGCCGCCGAGCGCCGCUUCCCGCCCGGCUGCGGGAGGCGCCUCGUGCUCGUGCCCCGCGCCUGCAAGCCCUGCCCGGCGUCCCCGAGGCUGCCCGGCUUGAACGGCUUCGUGGCGGCGCCGCCGCCGCAGCCCUUCCCGGAGACCUACAGCAGCGACUCCGACUCCAGCUCCUAUUCGGAUCAAGCGGCUAACGACUCCGACUUCUGCUCUAGUUUAACCAGCACCAGUAAUUCGGGUUCUUCGGAGGAGGAAGAGGAGGAGGAGGAGGAAGGCAGCUGCGCCUCGGAUUCCAGCGACCUGAGCUCCGAUGAAGAGGAGGAGGAGGAGGAAGAGGAGGAGGAGGAGGAGGAGGAGGAGGAAGAGAGCAGCUCUGAGUCGGAUUCCAGCAGCUCCGGCUCUAGUCAAGUGUCCGUGCAGAGCAUCCGUUUCAGGCGCACCAGUUUCUGCAAGCUGCCCAGCCUCCUGACUGCGACCAGCCUCCCUCACCCUCCUCCCCGGCCCACUGGCGGCGAGCAGCUCCCGGCUCCGGCGCGGGCCAUCAAAUCCGAAACGCCCGAGGAGGACUGGAGCACCCCAGCCGGCUGGAUUCCCAAGCCCGAGCCCUGCGCGGCCUGCCACAGCCCCCCCUCCGGCGGCCCGUGCUUGGGGCAGCUCAGCCAGGGGACCGGCUGCGAGGAGUUCUCUUUGGCCGGCCAGCGUCCUUCCAGCGCGCCCGACGACGAGAAGGUCCCUGACCUGCCUGUAGUCCCAGGCCUGGCCGGGGGCACUCCUUCGCCCAGCCCAAAGACAAGUCACGCGUUGCCACAACAAAGACCCUGGGAGGCGAGGAAAGCCCAGCAAGCCGCCUCUCCUCCUCCUCCUCCUCCUCCUCCUCCUCCGGCCUGUGCAGAGAGCCCCACUGAUGCUCUUAGGGGGGUGCACAGGAAGUCCCCAGAAGCUGCUCGGCUGGAUCUGCCCUCCCCACCCUGCCUGGGCCGUUCCUCUUCCCAGAGCCAGGUCGAGGUGGCCACCACUGCUGCUGAAUGCCCCCAGCCCCCAGACGCUGGCCAGCCCGCGCCCCUUGUGCCCAUUGCCCAGAUCAAAGUCGAGGACAAUAGUGCCAACGCCGAGUAUGGCGCUCUCCCCGUCCAGAGCCAGCCCCCCCUGAAGUGGGAAGGCGGCGAAGCGGAGCCCAAGGCGGAGGGAGACCGGCAGCUGUCUCCGCCGCCCAGCCCGACCCAGCCGCCCGGGGGCCUCCUGCUGCCGGCCAAGGAAGACCCCGCCUGCCCGGACGAGUCCCCCAGCCCCCCCUCGAGCCCGCCGCCGCCGCCGCCCCCCCUGAGCCAAGCCCCCGCCGCAUGCACUUUAGGCGCCGCCGCCGCCAAGCCCGAGGACGGGGAAUACAAAUUCGGAGCCAGGGUGAGGAAGAACUACCGGACACUGGUGCUGGGCAAACGAGCCGUCCUGCCCAGCCCGGCACCACUCAAACCAAAUCUGAAGUCCGUCCGCGGGCCCCGGCCGCCCCCGGGAAAGCUCCUCGAGGCCCACGAAGGCGCCCUGGUGGACGACUUGACAGUUCUCAGCCGGCGCAAGAGGGUGGCCGGCCACGUCGCCUCCGCCGUCAAGAGGCCCUUUAGCUUCAUGGGCAACUUUCCCUGCCCGCCCUCCUUAGUGGUCGGCCUAGAUGGGGAUUUGUUGCCAGCCUACACCUUAACCACCGCCAGGGAUGCCCAACCCCCUCCCAGGGCUCAUCCUGUCUGGAAAUGGCAGCCGGGAGGCUCAGCAAUACCUCUUCCACCCAGCCACAAGUUCAGGAAAUUUCAUUCAUGA